AUGAACCUCCCGACGCUGAUAGCGGCCGCCGACGGCGUACACGCGGUCGACAUCGCCACCCUCGCGCGCAUCGACGCAUCCACGGCGCGUCCACGGCCGCUCAACGACGGCCAAAAAGUGUUCGACCGGGACAGCUUUUUCCAAACGCACGACGCCUACGACAUCGCCGAGGCGUCGACGUCGAGCCCGGCGGCCGACGCAGACGUCGUGCACGUAUUCACGCUGACGAACGACGCGCGCGAGGCGUUGGUGCGUGAUCUGGUGCCGCUCGGGCUGCGCAAGUUUCGUCGCGGACGCGAGGACGCCGCGCGGUCGCUCGGCGACCCGGUGCCGGGCCCGGGGAGCGACGUGUCCGUCGUGCGCUCGAACCGUGGGGGCUAUCAGAGCUACGCGGAUUUAUUAGAUUCAUCAGAUUCAGAUUCAGAGAACGACGACGCGGCUGGCGGCGGUGGCGGCGACGACGCCGGCGCUUCCCGUUCCGCCGCCGGCGCGAGCGAUACCGCCGCCGGCGCGCCGACGCGCGCGCGUCUGCGACCCACCACGUGGACGAGCGUUACUGCCAUCGCGCUCGAAGCGUACGCACGCGUGCGCACGAGCGCGCAACGCGAGGACGUGUGUUCGCGAGACGUGUACGGUUGGCUCAACGUCAACGCGCCGGGCGACUUCAACAAACUCCACGCGCACGACAGCGCCGAUCGUUGGAGCGGCGUGCUUUACCUCGCCGUGCCCGAUCUAUCCAACACCACCGAUGUCCCCAUCGACGCGGGAUGUCUCGGCGUCCGCGCGUCGGCGUCGUCUUCGUCGCCGUCUCCGUCGCGAUACUUUGCGCACUCGCCGCGCGUCGGCGACCUCGUUCUAUUUUCCGGCGCCGCGCUUCACGCCGUGAGCGCGUUUCCUCGCCCCGACGGCGCGAUAAAACCGUCGAACGACGCGGACGAGCACCCGUCGGACGCCGUCCUGCGCGUCUCCGUCGCGUUUAACGUCGAUUGCUAG